UUCUUUCUUUCUCCAACAAUCAUCACAGAUCACUAUAUUUCUGGUGGUAUGCAGUCGCUUGGAAAUCGGAUGCGCUCAGGAAGGUGAAGGAACAUAUGGAGGGAUUGUUUAUUCCUAUUUUACUUCAAACAUCUGGAACUUCGAUGCAGCACAGACUCACUGUGAAAGUUAUACCAGUAAUUCAGGUGGUUUAGCUGAACUAACAAGUGAAGACAUUAAGACAUUCGUCAAUAACCUUAUCACUGGGAACCAUGAAAUGUGGAUUGGAUCCAAAAAGAUGCCUAGUACGUUCACCUGGAUUUACUCUCUCACCGAAACAACCGGCGUUAUAGGCGCUGGCAAUGGUAAAGACUGUGCUUACUACAGGAACGCAGGACAAUGGAAAGCCGCUAAGUGCACUAACUCAUACGGAGCAAUAUGCUCCAGACCAGGGAACACGACCACGGCAGAGCCAAUUACAAACGUUACGGGUAACUCAGGCAAAUCUAGGGUGCUCGAAUAUCUUGUUAGUCAGCGUCGGAUCUUAGGUCGGAAAAAGAGAGCUCCGUAUAGUGGUCGCACAACGUUGGUUCCGACAUUUCCUGCUCGUCCGCCAUCACAAGUUUCUCUGUCUACUACUUCAACUACACAAAACGUUCAAUUGCGAAACAUGGAUGAAAGGAGGCCAAGAAGGAAGAGAGACUGUGAUGAUAAGGACUAUGAUCGUGGUGACAUGAAUGAUGACGAUGAUCCAAAGCCUAUGUUUGACAAUAUAAGCUUUGAUGGAACAUCGUCACCAACUACCGAGUCGCCAUUGAGUCUAGUGGCGACAAAAGAACUUCCAACUACGAUAGAACGUGACGGUACCUUCAGAGGGAGUAACGGUAGUACACUCUGCAGUGGUCAAUGUAAAACCCAACAGAUCCCGACUCAGAGCAUCCCAGCGUCCGAGUCUAACGUGUCUCCUGUGAGUACAGUCACCCCGGGGGUACCAGAACCACCUAAAGUCUUAGCGAAUGUCUCACAUGUGGUGAAUCUGACUCAAGACACCUCGUUCUUCUCAUCACAUGCCUUCGUAGUGGGGUUAAAACACUGGCUCGCUGCUAAUGAUGAGAUACCAGACGAUCUGAACGAGGAGAACAGGCUGGAGUAUGCUAAGCGUUUCUUCGAGGUCUGUAACAAUGUGUUUGAGGUAGAUCUCCUAGCUCUGGGGGAGACGGAUGCCGCGACCGUUUUUGCUGACUCGUGUAGUCAUCUGGCACAAGAUUUCACCUCGGACCUGGAGAUAGGGGAAUCAGUCAACAUCUCCACACAUUAUGUCGACAUGUACGCAUCUGUUCAGCAGGGCAGUAAUUUCACUGGAUAUAUACAGCUCAUCGAAGACGACGAUGAUAACGACGUUGAUGAGGAGUCGGAGGCCAUUCAGGUUGUCAUCAUCCCUCCCGAUGUCGUCAGCGAUCUCCAUCUUUCAGAGGAGGACUCCGUAGCUGUAUCAGUGGUAGUUUAUAAACGGGGGCACUUCAUAGUCAAUCAUGACAACCAAACGACUGAUACAUCCCAUCGGCCAGCAGGAUCCGUAGUCUCAAUCACAGUCACAGUUAAUGAUAACGUUACAUCAGUCCCGGUUGAAUUCCAACUCUAUAAUGAUAUUUCCCACCUUCUACCCGAUGAGCUUUCACAGUAUGAGCCAGGCAAUGCGACUUGUGUCUUCUGGGAAACAACAGGUGAUGGAGAAGGAGCAUGGAAUGACUUUGGAUGUGAAGUUCUCAACGCAACCAGAGAGUUUACUAUCUGUGCAUGUAACCACACAACACAUUUCGGAGUAUUACUACAAGUCCGGGAAGUUAAGAUUCCACUGGCGGAUGAUCUUGCUCUCACUCUCAUCACAUACAUAGGAGCGGGAGUCUCUAUCGCCUGUCUUCUCCUCACCCUUCUCAUACUCAACGUGCUCACUGCAUUGACCUCAGAUCGAGUGAAAAUUCACAAGAAUCUAGUGACUGCCCUCACCGUCGCUCAGGGUCUCUUCCUUUCAAUAGAUGCUGCGAGCAGAAACAAGAUCAGCUGUAAAGCUGUCACCUUGUGCCUUCACUAUUUCUAUCUGAGUGUGUUCUGCUGGAGUCUUCUAGAAGGAAUAAACCUCUACAUUCAGAUCGUACAGGUGUUCUCAACGGGGAGGAGGAUGAAAUACAUCCAUUAUCUACUCUUAGGAUGGGGUGUGCCCAUACCUAUAGUUGCCAUUAGUGCCGGUAUCCGAUGGAACAUAUACGGAGCUGAACAACUGUGUUGGUUGACUACUCAUGAAGGUCUAAUAUGGGCGUUUGCCGGUCCAGUCAUCUUCGUUAUUACUACCAAUUUGAUAAUUCUGUGCAUGGUUGUACGGGUCAUCGUCAAGUCUGCAGCAGCUCACAAAAAAGACAACUAUGACCACGUCAAAGCUGGAGUAAAAGGAGCCCUCCUCUUAGUACCGAUCCUUGGUCUUGGAUGGGUAUUUGGGUUCAUGUCUCUUGGUCGAGCUACGCUCAUCUUUACAUACCUCUUCGUCAUCACGGUCGCGCUUCAGGGUGUUCUCAUUUUUCUUCUAUACUGCGCAUUUAAUGCAGAGGUUCGAGCAGCAUUGUCUAGGAAAGCUGAAAAGAGAAAAUUACGACGAGGCGAUGGGUUGAGUUCAGUGCCUACACCGUCAACUAUUAACUCUUCACAGUCGAAUGAUACAUCAACCACGUUCGCUUCGAAGCUGUUCGAUAAAAUCAAACGACGGAGAUCAUCGACCACGGCUAAUAAGAACUCACCCAUCGACACCAUCCACCUUAUGGAUAGAAGCGAAUCAGCUCACAGCACUAGAGACAUCAUUUUACAUUCCAGAAAUAAUGGAAGCAUAGACUCGGGCUACAGUCUGAACGUUAUACACACACCUAGCUAUCUUCCGUCAGACAGCAUGGCAUCCAUUAGAACAGACGUUUUACAACCAGAGGAGUUCAUCCCACCGAACACACCUACCUAUGACGAGCCUAUUAUCCCUCGCAUCCAAUAAUCUUUUAACCUUUGACACUGCUGCCAUGACAACGAGUAAAGCCCGGAUUGUAAAGACAUGAUGUCCAUUCUUUCAAUAACCUGUAUUUAGAGUUGUAUGUGUCGUGGUAUAGGGAUUAAGUCACUUGACUCUCAAUCCUAGGGUUGAGGGUUCGAUUCCCAAAUACAACGAGUAAAGCCUGGAUUGUAAUGACAUGAUGUUCAUUCUUUCAAUAACUUGUAACUAGAGUUGGAUGUACCGUGGUAUAGGGAUUAAUUUACUUUACUCUCAAUCCUAGGGUUGAGGGUUCGAAUCUCAGCCCGAUGUCCUUGAUGAUUUGGCAAGACAGGUGUAAAUUGGUACCUGGAUUUUGCUGAGUAAUAUUGAUUAUAGGUCCCUCUAAAAGAACGGCUUUGAUAUUGAUACGGCUUCCCUUAGUAAACAAACUUAUUAUAAUUAUUUGCAUAUAAGUAAGUAAAGCCAAUGCAGACUAAGAUCCAUUAAAAUAAUUAUUUUCAACAGUAAUGUUUUGGAUGUGCAAUAUCCUUUAAAAAGUGAAGCCUAUAACC